UCGCGCACCUUCCCCUUCCCGACCCGACACGACCCGAACCGGGAGAUCCUCCAGAUCAAGCCGCCUAGCCUAGGGCCACGCUGCCACCCACCCACCACCCAUGGCCGAGGUCGCCGAUGCGCCCCGCCGCGCGGCGCCUGGGGCCUCCUCCUCCCCACCCCCUCCCCCCUCCUCCGCCGGCGGCAGCGGCGACCGCAAGCGUGGCCGCUCCUCGCCCGUGCUCCCGCCGCCUCCCCCCGGCCCCCCUCCGCCGGCGGCGCAAAACAAGCGGCACCGGACAGAAGGAGGUGGGUUCGACCGGCGCCGUCUUGGUGGCGGGCAGGACGACAGGAGGUUUGGGAAUGAUCAUGGUGGCCAAGGUCGACACAACAAUCGUGCACCAGAUUGGCAUGAUUCUGGACGUGGUGGAUGGAAUGAAGGAUCAGGGAACUCCCGUAGGGAAGGUCUGAUGUCUUACAAGCAGUUCAUGCAGGAGCUUGAAGAUGACGUUUCGCCUGUUGAAGCUCAAAGCAGAUAUGAGGAGUACAAGUCAGAGUACAUCACAACUCAGAAGAAAGCUUACUUUGACCUUCAUAAGAAUGACGAUUGGUUGAGAAACAAGUACCAUCCUACUAACCUUGAAUCUGUUAUGAAAAGACGGAACGAACUUGCGAGAGCUACUGCAAAUGAAUUCUUCCAAGAUUUGCAGAGCGGAAAUUUUGACACCGGUCCAGGAUUAACGAGUUCGGCAGCGAACAAAUCUGGAAAUAAUGAUGUGAAUGUAAAUGGAAAAAAGGGGAAACUUGGAAAGGACCCUGAUGAUUUAUAUUAUUCUGCUCCCAAGGCUCAUCCAGUCAGUUCUGAGCCUCGGCGAAUUAGCAUUGACAUUGAACAAGCUCAAGCUCUCAUCUGUAAACUUGAUUCUGAGAAGGGUAUUGAGAAUAAUGUUCUAUCUAGUAGUGAUGAUGACAAAGCAGGCAGCGGAUCACAUGGUUCAAUGGGCCCAAUUGUAAUAAUACGGGGUGCAUCUACUGUGAAGGGUCUUGAAGGUGUUGAGUUGCUGGACACUCUUGUCACUUAUUUGUGGCGUAUCCAUGGUGUGGAUUAUUAUGGCAUGUCUGAGACAAAUGAGCCAAAAGGUCUAAGGCAUGUGAAAGCAGACUCAAGGACAUAUGAUGGGCCUAGCUCAAAUACAGCUGAAUGGGAGGAGAAACUUGAUUCAUUCUGGCAAGACAGGAUUCAAGGUCAGGAUCCAUUAGAAAUAUUGAAAGCAAAGGACAAGAUUGAUGCAGCUGCUAGUGAAGUGUUGGAUCCACAUGUCAGGAAAAUAAGGGAUGAGAAGUAUGGAUGGAAAUAUGGCUGUGGAGCUAAGGGGUGCACAAAGCUUUUCCAUGCUUCUGAGUUCGUCACGAAGCAUCUCAAACUCAAGCAUACUGAUUUUGUGGUGGAGCUGACUUCAAAAGUGAGAGAGGAUAUUUAUUUUGAGAACUACAUGAAUGAUCCCAAGGCGCCUGGGGGAACACCGAUCAUGCAACAAUCUGCUCCAAGGGAAAAGGGCAGACAGCGGCCACCGAUUGAGAGUCGGCUGAGAGAUGAACGUGGCCGUAGAUUUGACAGAAAUAUUGAUUCAUCAAACCCUGAUGGAUCCAGUGAAAACCCUGAUGAUCCAAUGUAUGAUUCUUAUGGUGAUCCGGCUGUACAUGGUGCCUUUCCUCCAGAUGUUCCAGCUCCUCCAAUGCUGAUGCCUGUGCCUGGUGCUGGCCCACUUGGGCCGUUUAUUCCUGCACCACCGGAAGUUGCAAUGCGUAUGUUGAGGGAGCAGGGUGGGCCACCACCUUUCGAGCCGAAUGCUGGUCCACGUCCUAGGAAAGCAGGAAGGGCUGGUGGUCCCCCAAUGGGUGGUCCAUCACCAAUCCUUAAUGCUCCACUUCCUAUAAUGCAUGAUCCACGUAUGCAAGAUCCACGCAUGCAAGAUCCCCGUAAAAUACGAAGCUAUCAAGAUCUGGACGCUCCUGGAGAUGAAGUGACAGUUUUGGACUACCGGAGCCUGUAGUCGUGUGCUGUACGGCCUUUUAAUCUUCGAAGCCGUGGACGAUACCACCACCGCAACGGGACCUUGCUCAUCUCCAUUAGUUUGACCGUGGCGGAGGAACACUGAUGCGGUGCCCCGUCCCGUGAGCUAUGUUAUACUACUCAAUGGUGCUUCUAAAACUGAACCACAUGAAAUCAAAGCAACUGGCGCACUGAAAGCACGGUUGUGGAGUGUGUAUUUCCAACAGAAUUUUUUAGCUUUUCAAAAUUUCCACCAUCUAGAGAGAGAGAGAGUAGAGGUCUCUGCUGCCGUAUCCAGAACUCCAGACCAGAUAUUCCUCACCGUGUAUGCAAUCUGUAAUUUAUAUACAGGAAAAAACGGUUGGUAGAUGGAACCCUGAUUGGUCAAAA